AUGCAAAUCAAUGAGGCUCUGACUGUUAUCUUGGGUUCAGGAGAUGGAACACUGCACGAACUGAUCAAUUACCUCUCGAGCGCUGACAUCAAUGGCACAAGAGCUGGAGUUACCAGUGUUCCACCAGAAAUACAUCUUGUACUCGUUCCUUGCGGUACUGCAAAUGCGCUUUACUCCUCAUUAUUUCCUCCAACCUCCUCCGUCACCCCGUCGAUAGAAUACAGACUACAGUCUGUGAGGUCGUUUUCACAAGCCCCAGACUCCCAUCUUUUACCUUUAACAUUGGCUAUCACGACGCUCUCCUCACCUCCUGCCGCGAAGAUACGCCCUAAAGCCGUAGCGUCGGCAGUUGUUGUAUCUACCUCUCUCCAUGCAUCCAUCUUGCAUGACUCUGAACUUCUGCGCGCGGAGAUGCCAGGGAUUGAGCGAUUCAAGAUUGCCGCAAAGCAAAACAGCAAUAAGUGGUAUAAUGGUUACGCCAAACUGCUUCCUGUGGCAUCUCUCGGAGUAGUACAAUUGUAUGAUCCGGACGCCAAAGAGUUCAUCAGUCAUCCUGACGCAGAUGAAGACAACCCAGUGGUGGAUCUCUACGGGCCAUUCGCAUACUUCUUAUCUACGGUCAAUGUGGAUAGACUAGAGCCUGCAUUUCGGAUUACCCCUCUCGUUAAGGAUAUUCCCUCUGCAAAUGAUGCUUCUUGCGAUCUAGUAGCGAUUCGUCCUUUUUCUAGCCCAGUUGUGUCGAUAGACACGCCUGAAGCACGAGACAAUUUUGUGAGCAUAUUAUGGGAUACAUUGCAAUAUCAAAAUGGUAACCACGUUAAUCUUCGAUAUGACGAGGAGGGCAAGGUGACGUCCACCAAAUCUUACAUACUCAGCCAGAAGCACAUAUCUUACUUUGUGCUCCUUCCAAUUCCGCUACUGAUACUGUGGCACUCAAGAUUUUUAAGCUAG